UGCAAGAUAUUUUAGGCAAAAGUUCGUUAUUCUAUUUUGGUACCAUUUUUUUUUUUUUCACAAAAUUUUCAGCCGGCGCAUUGAACUAAAAAAGAAAUGACAGCAAAGCAAAUAGAUCAGCACAAUAUUGUCCUAAAAAAAAAACAUAUACCAGUUUGCUAAGAAUCUAAGGAAGAAGAAACAAAAUCUAAAAAUUAUCUCCGGUUUCAUUGGGACAAAAACAGACUUGUCUUGUUCCUAUUUCAUAGGAAAUUGGGAUUCUUUUGAGACAAAGAUUGUGUGGGAAACAGUCCGAAGUUCAAUCUCUUCCCUACAUUUCGACUGCUAAUAAAACAAGCCUCUCCCCAAAUCCUUUAUUCUAGCCCCCUCCCUAAACAAUGGCUCUAUUAACUAUUCAUCUUUUUAACUUGUAAUGAUAAACCCUUUUUAAAAUAAAAUUAAAAAAUAAAAAAGUGAAAAAAAUAAUAAAAGAGUUCACCUGAGAAUUAGGUUCAGGAUGGCCUCAAGGAGCCUCUCCUAUACACAACUCCUAGGCCUCCUCUUGGUCACAACCACAAUGGCGGUUCGUGUUGGAGUCAUUCUUCAUAAGCCCUCUGCUCCAACUCUCCCUGUUUUCAGAGAAGCCCCGGCUUUUAGAAACGGUGAUCAAUGCGGAACCCUUGAGGCUGAUCACAUCCAUAUCGCCAUGACUCUCGACACAAACUACCUCCGUGGGACAAUGGCAGCCGUUUUGUCUCUCCUUCAGCAUUCAACUUGCCCUGAAAACCUCUCUUUUCAUUUCCUCUCCCUCCCUCAUUUCGAAAACGACCUCUUCUCCAGCAUCAAAUCAACCUUUCCUUACCUCAACUUCAAGAUUUAUCAGUUCGAUCCAAACCUCGUCCGCAGCAAAAUCUCUAAAUCCAUCAGGCAGGCCCUCGACCAGCCGCUGAACUACGCGAGAAUCUACCUCGCGGACAUCAUCCCCAGCACCGUGAACCGGAUCAUCUACCUAGACUCUGACCUCGUUGUGGUAGACGACAUAGAGAAGCUGUGGCAUGUGGAGAUGGAAGGUAAAGUCGUGGCAGCUCCCGAGUACUGCCACGCAAACUUCACCUACUAUUUCACAAAAGCUUUCUGGUCAGACCCGGUGCUUGUGAAAGUACUCGAAGGAAAACGCCCGUGUUACUUCAACACAGGGGUGAUGGUAGUUGAUGUAAACAAAUGGAGGAAAGGAUCAUACACACAGAAGGUGGAAGAGUGGAUGACGAUUCAAAAGCAAAAGAGAAUAUACCAUUUGGGAUCACUACCUCCGUUUCUGCUCAUAUUCGCGGGUGAUAUAAAAGCGGUUAACCAUAGGUGGAACCAGCACGGUCUCGGAGGGGAUAAUUUCGAAGGAAACUGUAGAACGUUGCAUCCUGGUCCGAUAAGUCUUCUUCAUUGGAGCGGGAAAGGGAAGCCAUGGUUGAGACUAGAUUCAAGAAAGCCUUGUAUCGUUGAUCAUCUAUGGGCACCAUAUGAUCUAUACCGUUCAUCAAGACAUUCGUUAGAAGAGUAGAGGGCAAAAAGACAAACACAUUUAAAUUUAAACCAUGGCACAUAAAAUAGGAGAGGAGAAGAUACAACAAGAAAGCAGGGGUUUUUUUUAGCGACGAGAUCAAAGAGAGCCAAAAAAUGUUCAUUACGAGUGAAAGAAAGUGUAAUGUUAACACAAUACAUUGUGCAUUUGAGAGCUCAGUGUGUGUUUCAGCACAAGAGAGAUGGUAUUAUCAUCAGUUUUCUUCUUCACUCUCUUUGAUUCAACCUUUAGAAUAUUCCGCGUGUAAUGUACAUAGGUACCAAAAAAAAAUUGGAGGAUUCAAUUCAUUUUUUGUUCAAUUCAAAAUCUCUUUAGUAUCUGAUACUACUAAAAAAACAGAGCAUCGAAUCAUCUAAAUUCUAUAGAAAUCAUCGAAAUUUCGAAACUUUAUCACAAAAACAAAUCGAUCAAACACAGAAACAAGCUACACCGUUUCGAAUUCCGGAUACAGAGAGUGAUCGAAG